UCCAAGUUUGGAGCUUUUAGCUGCCAGCUCUGGCCCAUCAUGUAGCUGCAGCACAGCCUUGCCUAACGUUGCAACUGGGGGAAAAAUCACUUUCCAGUCCGUUUUGCAAGGUGUGCAUUUCCCUCUUGGUUCUCUGAAAGUCCAUCUGCUGCAUCGGUCAAGAGAAACUCCACUUGCAUGAAGAUUGCACGCCUGCAGCUUGCAUCUUUGUUGCAAAACUAGCUACAGAAGAGAAGCCAGGCAAAGUCUUUUGUGCUCCCCUCCCCCAUCAAAGGAAAGGGGAAAAUGUCUCAGUCGAAAGGCAAGAAGCGAAACCCUGGCCUUAAGAUCCCCAAAGAAGCAUUUGAACAACCUCAGACCAGUUCCACGCCACCUCGAGAUUUAGACUCUAAGGCUUGCAUUUCUAUUGGAAAUCAGAACUUUGAAGUGAAGGCUGAUGACCUAGAGCCUAUAAUGGAACUGGGGCGAGGGGCGUACGGCGUGGUGGAGAAGAUGCGGCAUGUGCCCAGUGAGCAGAUCAUGGCGGUGAAGCGGAUCCGGGCCACAGUAAAUAGCCAGGAGCAGAAAAGGCUACUGAUGGAUUUGGAUAUUUCCAUGAGGACAGUGGACUGUCCUUUUACAGUCACCUUUUAUGGCGCACUCUUCCGGGAGGGUGAUGUGUGGAUUUGCAUGGAGCUCAUGGAUACAUCACUAGAUAAAUUCUAUAAGCAAGUCAUCGAUAAAAGCCAAACGAUUCCAGAGGACAUCUUAGGGAAAAUAGCAGUUUCUAUUGUUAAGGCAUUAGAACACUUACACAGUAAGCUGUCUGUGAUUCAUCGAGACGUCAAGCCUUCGAACGUGCUGAUCAAUGCUCUGGGCCAAGUGAAGAUGUGUGAUUUUGGAAUCAGCGGCUACCUUGUGGACUCUGUUGCUAAAACGAUCGACGCAGGCUGCAAACCCUACAUGGCUCCUGAACGAAUAAACCCAGAGCUCAACCAGAAGGGAUACAGUGUGAAAUCUGACAUUUGGAGUCUUGGCAUCACAAUGAUUGAGUUGGCCAUCCUCCGGUUUCCCUAUGAUUCAUGGGGAACCCCCUUUCAGCAGCUCAAACAGGUGGUAGAAGAGCCAUCGCCACAGCUCCCAGCAGACAAGUUCUCCGCAGAGUUUGUUGACUUUACCUCACAGUGCUUGAAGAAGAAUUCCAAAGAAAGGCCAACGUAUCCAGAGCUUAUGCAACAUCCUUUUUUCACCCUACACGAAUCCAAAGCAACAGAUGUGGCAACUUUUGUAAAACUGAUUCUUGGAGACUAAAAACGAUGGACUCAAUCAAUUGACCCUCCUGUGGAUUGGUGGGUUUACAGGGUGAAGUGAGUUCACAGAAGCGCCAGUGGAAACUCGUUAUUGGGAUAAUUUAACCCUGCCACUCAGAAGGUUUUUCCCCCAAUUCUUCUCCUCCCCUCCCGCCCCCCUCCAGGGGGCCUUGGAAUCUAUAGUAUAGAAUGAACUGUCUAGAUGGAUGAAAUACGAUAAAGGCUUAAGACUUAAAAAAGGUGAUUAAAUAUUUAAUGACGUGUCAUAUGAGUCCUUAAGCUUCUCAGACUUCUCUUGUUCUUUACGAAAUGAAUGCAUUGGCCCUGGUUAAAAAAAAAAGGUGCUACAGUAGUGAUGAAAUUGUAAGUAGAUUUGUAGUUUGUCCCACUUAUUAUUUUAAUAUUUAUGUUUAAGCGCUUGGUUGAAAAGAUUCCAUUUUAUGCAAGCAGGAAGAUACAAAAGGCAAGGUUGGGUUGGCAAUAUUUAUAGGCCUUUUGAUUUUCAAGUUCAAUCGUGCCUGUGGUCCAGAAGUAAUUAUUUAAUAUGCAUUUUUAAGAGUAUUAUAAAAAUAUCAGUAAAGAGCUCUUCUUGUGAUAUGUCUGGUCCAGCUGUUGUGACCACUGCCACCUUCUCAAACUUUCCCUCAGCCCUGGGUCAUCACAUACGUUAUGGGAAGUAGCCAUGUAUCCCGGUCAUACUUUUUCCAACUUUGGAAAACAUGAAAAUCACUUUUAUCACAGCUCAAAGAGCCACGUAUUGGGUUCUCUUGGCAUCUGUGGCAUAGUACUUGUGAAUAGUGACUUGUGACGUGAUUUUAUACCUACCUAUUUUUUUUUUUUUUAUCCAUCUACCUGUACGUAUAUGUAUUUGACAAAUCUCAAGUCCUGCCCAGUGGCUUCUGUGAACAUCUAUAUUUAGUAAGGAAGACGUGUCAGUGUCUUGAGGGGAAAUAUCACGUCAAACCAGACAGGGAUUUGGUGCCUUUUUCUGCUUUUUCCUCUUCUACAACAUAUAAGCCCCAAGGAUUGCCUUUGUAGUUAUGUGUUGUUUUGCCUCCUUUGGUUUUCUUGUUAAAUGAAGGAGCCUUACUAUUAAUGGGAGAAAAUAAAAGGCAGUUAGUAGUUUUUCUUCUACAUAAUGAGAAGACAAUGGCGACAGGGUUGAAUGAAUUGCUAGGCGUAGACUUGCAAAUUUCCACAGGUUGAGUUCAGGGCAUGCAGUAACUAGAUCCAUAUAGGAGACUAGCUCCAUUGCAAAUUCCUAGCAGGUUGAUUUAACGUAAAGCUUAUUUCCCAUGGUUAAAUACACCCACAGCUUCUCUGACUUGGGGCUGUAGGUCCUCCAGGGUCAAGGAGGAACGUGGUCAACAGGGAAAAUAUAGAUCUAUAGUAAUAACCAGAAAUUAUUGCUUCUGGACAGUGUGUUUACAAGGGUAUUCCAGGAGUACAAGAACGGAGAAUUUUGAUUUUAAAAAGAAAAAUUAAGCAAAAAAAAAAACAAAACACUUUCUUUCCUUGCCUCAGGUUCAUGAAUGUGGACAGGAUUGUUCUCUUGAGUUCUCCCUCCUUCCCCUUUUAGAUUUUUAAGUCAGUCAUAUUUUUACCUCUGAUUGUAUUUUUCCUCUUUUGGAUUGCUCUUGACCUCUAGCUCAUGGUGGCUGCCUAGUGUGAGCAUGGCACCGCUGUCCAUUGCUCCAUAUCCCGUUACAAGAGAUGUCUGUUUGAUUAAACAUCAGCUUCACCAGCUUUGAAGCUACAGUUGUCCUCUUCAUUUUCCAUGUUUAUGGCCAUUCACUUUGCCACUUACCUUUCCAAGUCUGCAAGUUUCUGUUUUUGAGGGUGUAGGAGAAAAAAAAUCACAAGUUGGGAGUGUUCCUUCCUCUUUCAUAAACUGGGUGUAUUCCUUGCUUUCUUCACCCAAUUUACAAAAACAGAAAGUAGUAGGGGAAAAAAAUGGGGUCAGUCCAUUAUAACUUUUGGUGAAAUAUGAAAAGCCAAGUCAUCUCUCUGGUCUGGUUCAGAUUACUCUCAGCUGUUCCUCAAUGUGAUCUGAAAUGUUCAUAACGAGGUAUGUAUUUCUCAUGCGCAUGUCUUUCCAAUCCGUGAGCCCAGUGCCUGAACGUACAAAACAGUCAUGGGUAGAUAGGGGUAGAGAAGGAGUUAGCCUGUGGUUCUCAACCCUGCUGGUCACGGGAAUCACCUGGGAGCUUAUGAACUUUGUCAAUGCCAAGGCCCUGGACCCCAGAGAUUUGAAUUUAAUUGGUCCAGGGAGGGGCCUGGGUGUUGGUGUUUUUUAUAAGCUUUUUAUGUGAUUCUGAUGUGCAGAAGCUGGUCUAGAACCUUUUAAAAGAGAAUCUACUUAAAAUUACUUUUCUUGAAUAUUUAUAGAGAGGAACACAUGACUACAAGGAGUAGCAAGAACCCCAUACCUUUCCCUAUCCUCACCAAUGGGAAUGUCUUUGCCACUAUUAGGGAAGGCCUGUUCCUGGGAUACUGAUUUGAAAUUUGGAAUAACUUUUGCCCAUAGAGGUGAUAUCUACAUGGUAAUUAAGUAUCUCAUGUACUAAAGUAGACUGGCUUGAUAGCCUUAUGAGUCUAAAUUUUACAACAUGGUUUCUUUGGAGAGUUGUGUUCUUGUAAGUUCUAAACAACCAGCUUCAAAAGAAGUAUCUGAGAUGCAUAAACUCUGUUUAAUUUAGGAGUCUCCUGUAUAUAUAGACAAAUAUGUAUGUAUAGAGAAAAAAGAUUCAUAUCUGGGGUGAUGGUCAAAAUAUUUAAUGCUCUGCCAUCAUGGACCAUCUGAAUAUCGUCCCUAUCUAUAUCCAUCAUUAUAUUAUAAAAUCAGUAUAUCUCUACAAAAGAGAUCAUACUCUUUUUCCAAACGUAUUUGAUUUGGUAUCAUGUAACUGUCCAUACUAUAAAUUGUCUUUAUAUUUAUAAAAAAAACUUGUCUAUAUAUUGUUGAUUUAAGAGGUAUGCAAAAAAGUAAUGUGAAUGAUUUUUAAAACAAUUUACCACGUGUGUACGUAUCAGUGAGUACUGUCCUUCAGAGUAGCCACCUUGAAAGACUAUAUAUUUAUAUAAAAAUGCUACGAAAAUAUUUUUGCCACUUCUCUUUCAGACAGGCUUCAGAAUCCAUCCCCCUCCCAUACAUAUAUAGCAUGUAGACUGGUCAUUUUAGAGUUACUCUUUAGUUUUUGUUUUUAAUCCUUACCACGUGUUUCCCUGUUGGGUUCACCCACCUUGUUUAUCAGACUGAACACCAAAUCGUGUUUGGCAAUUCCAAGAAGUCAAAUCUGCUGUCGAAGCUGAGGCUUCGUAAAAGAUCGUAUCAUGGGCUCUGAAGAUAAUUUCCAAUGAAGAUUAAAAAAAAAAAAGUGUGUGUGUGUGUGUAAGGAAAGUCAACUUUGCUGGAUGGAGUAAGUGUAGAGUUUCCCAAAAUGGCGACUUAGAAGGAGCGGGAACUCACAGAGAUGAAUGUAUCUGUUGAAAAAAAACAUUAACCCCAUAGUCGUAGAUGUCACACAUAGCACUGCUCUGGAAGGCAUGACUGCGGUCCCUGGUGUGGAAGAACAGCCAGUGGUUCUAAACUGUGAGUUGUGUUCACACUGGUAUACUCAGAACCAAUGGGUUAGAUAAGUAGCUUCUAUCUUGGUUAAACCAUUCCGAAGUGGAAAUGAGUAGGUGUGGGUAUAGCCCAAAAUUGGUUGUAUUUUGCUGUUCACUUCCUCUGAGCCUAACAAAAACUGCACAUGCCAGAGAUUCCCAAACUUUGUGUUCGCGGGGCCGUUAGUGAUCGAAGUGAUCUUUUUUCAUGGUGUCGCUCCACCAAAAUGAGUACUGAACCGUUGCACAUAUUCAGUAGUUAGAACCAAAGUAUACAGUGAAAUCUGAGAGCCGGAACUCGACGGGACUGCCUUGUUUUUUCCAGGUCUCGCGAUUUUUCCAGCUUUGACAGCGUGCAGGCUUACCACUUUUCAAUCAUUCGCUAUUAGUGGAAAAUAUUUUCGUUUUCCUUCUCUGACAGGUUUCAGCCUUACACAGGUUCGGCUCUUACAGGUUUGACUGUAGUAGUAGUUCGCAUGAUGCCCAACAGAUGUCGCUGCAGUGCCCCCGGUUGCCUCAGUGCAGAGUCAGGGACCCAUGGAUUGAAGUUACCUUAUUUAAGGUGCUUCUACUUGGUGAGGCUUAUAAUGGAAUUCUUGGUCACUCAAGUCCUUACUGCUUUCCUCUUUGUGUGUGGUUAUUAUUAUUGUUGUUUUUGGUUACCUCUGGAUGAUAGCUUUUUAAAUGGGGCCCUUCCCUCCUUUCUGUUUAUAGUCCUGCCAUCACUGGAUGUCUUAGUCUAGAAAAGGAGACAGCUCAUAGGCCCCAGCAUAAACGGGGGCUGGCAUGGAGACUAAAAGGACUCCUGACUUCUCCCCAAAUGCACUUGAUUUAGUAUAACUAGGAAUUGACUUGAUGGCAUGCAUCAACAGCAAAUCACAAAGGAGACAGAAGCUAACGUUUUCCUAUUUUACACUAAAAAUGUUUUUGUUAACCAAAGGGCUUCGUUAGCUCUGCUCAGAGAAACGAUAAUGUUCUCACAACAAUUUAAGGUCAAAGGAUACCUAGUUCCUAAUUUCCCAUCCCGAUGCUUGUGUGGCCAUAUAACUCCCUCUGACCUGGAAGGUGAAAGUCAUGUAUUCAUGAAACUCACUAGAAUUGGUCAGAUCUUGUAAAAUGAGUGCAACCUCUGUCUUGUGUUGGUGAUUUUGCCUUCUUAAUGUCAUAAUCUGUGACUUUACGUGGGAUUUUCUGGCUUAAUGGAAUCUUCCCUUUUUAUUGAAUUAGCAAGGGAAAAACAAUGAGAGUGUCGUCUUCGUAGGAAUAAUUUUUUUUUUUUUUUUUUUUUACUUUUCCAAUGGAAAGUGCAGUUUUCAAUUUCCAACCCUUAGACUUGACCUGUUGACACAGAAAAAUGCCAGAGUAGACUUUGGAAAGAGCAAGUCAUCAAACCUGCUGGAAUAGAAAAAAGGUAUUUUAUUCUAAGAGACCUCGUUCCUCCUGUCUAGGUGUGGGGUGUGUGUGUGUGUACAUGUGUGCACAUUUUAGCACUGCUAAACAUGUUGGCAGUUAAAAAUAUCCUUUGGUUUUCUCUGGUUUUUAAUUGGGGCUCUCUGGAUCCCUUUGGGAAUAUGAUAAAAGCUAGGACCUUUUCCCUAGGAAAAUGCGCCUCAUACAUAGAACACAUAAGUUUGCAAACAUUUUUUGUUGAGGGGGUGCAGUGUAUAGACCCCAUAGGAUCAGUAACCCUUGCACUCUACAGCGUGGACUGUGACAUCCUAGCCCAGGGGUUGGCAAACUUUUUCCAUGAAGGGCCAGAAGGUAAAUCAUUUUGGAUUUGUGGUCUAUACAGUCUCUCACAUUUACUCAAGUCUCCUGUUAUAGUAUGAACACUUCCACAAACGAUACCUAAAUGGAUGAGUGGGAUGGCUGUGUGCCAAUAAAACUUAAUUUACGAAAUCAGGCAAUAGGCCAGAUUUGGCUUACAGGCCAUGGUCUGCCAACUGUUGGCCUAGACCAUCAAAUACAAGACUCCAAAUGAUUGACUAUGUGGGUAGACUUCUUCCAUUUAGUCAAAAUUUAGCUCAGCUGCUAUUGAGGACCAUUAGGAAGAUGGAUGUAGGAAAAUGAAAUCAGAAAGUAGGGAGAGGCCUGUUCAGUCUUAGGAAAGUUGCCUCUUAAUUUCCUCAGUAAGUAGUAAUUGCUGGGGAAGCCCAUGGAACAAUUUGCUUCCGAUUAAGCUGAAUAUUUACUUUUUCUGUUUCUAUGCAUAGCUAGCAUAACUUAUUUCACCUUGGAAACAAAGGGCACCCUUCUCUUAGAAGUUAACUACAUUCUUGGCUCUUAGCUUCUUCACAUUUUCUUUCUCUUCAGUGGUGAUUCCUAUGCACAGAGAAUCAGGAACUCAUACGCUAAUCCUUUUGGUUUCCUUUCUCCUGAACACUAUUAGUAUUUGGGAACAUAGGAGGCCAAACUUACCUCUGAAGUAGAAGGUGGAUACCUCUCCAAAUCAAACCAGUUACUGCCAAGUUGAUUCCAACUCAUGGUGACCCCAUUUGUGUCAGGUUUUUUUUUUUUUUUUUGAACUGUACUCCAUAGGGUUUUCAGUGGCUGAUUUUUUCAGAUGUAGAUCUCCAGGCGUUUCUUCCAAGAUGCUUCAAACUUCCAAACGUUUGUUAGCAGUUGGAUGUGUUAACUGUGUGCACCACCUAGGGACUCCAGAAGGCAGAUAGAAUUCUCGAAAUCUUUCAAUUUAUCCACCUCAUGUCUUUGGCCAUCUUUUAAGAAAGUAAGAGAGAAUAAUUUGGGGCCAAAAUACUUCCUCUUUGGGGGAUUUAAUUCUCCAAGCUUUCAGUGUGACAGGAGACUCAGGUCUGCCCCUUGAGUACGGUGCCUGGAUUUGAGAAGAAGACGUGUGGUGUGGCUUAGGCCACUCUAACUCCUCUUUUUUAAUUAUCCAUAAAUUUCAGUUCCACAGGGCCCAUGCAAAAUGCCUACUUUCUGAUUUUAUCUUGAUCUGCCAGCCCUGGUUGAGUUUCUGAUCCCCAAAACCUCGAGAGAAAGCCCUUUGUUCCUUUUGGAGUCUGAACAACUGUCAAUUUCCAUCACCUUCUCCCAUUACUUGGGUCUUGUUUGCUCUACAGAAUUCUAUACAGAUAACUACCUGCCACAGUUACCUAAGUUCAUCCUCCUUUUUCCUUUUUCUGGAACUGAAGACAUCUUAGUUAAAGCUUUAGUCUCUCUAUUAUUCAGUAACAUUUUUUUCUGGCCACAUCCUCAGGAAGAAGACAGAAAUUACACUUAGAUGGACACGUGGAAACCCCUUAAGAGGGCAUAUUUAAGUAUUUUAUCUGGCAAUUUACCUGAAAGAAUAUUUUCUCUUCACCUAGGGAGACAAAACCAGAAUUCCAGAACCUUCGAAAUGAAAUUACCCUUCCGGGGGGGAAGCACAUUGCCACCAAAUACACCUCCCACCACCUGUUCCUGGUGUCUGCAAAGGUGUCAUUUUUUCUGAGGUGUAGAGAGUCUCUUUUGACAGCUAUGCAGAUGUCAAUUGUACUGUUGCCAUUGUUCUAAUGGAAAUAGUUUGGAAUCAGGACUUAGACAAGUGUUUAUCUUUUCAGUUCCUUUUUCAAGCAGAGUGCCUCAAAAAGCUUCUUUGUGAAGAGAAUGUGGGCCUUAAGUUAAAAUGCAAACAAAGUCAAGGACAUCUUGUCGGAAAUUUGUUGUUUUCAAAAGAAACCAAUAUCACCUUGUAAACCAAAUAUGUGUGAAGAGAAUUUAAAGAUUCCCCCCUCCCCAGCCUAGUUCCCUGCUAAGAACUACCUAGGGACUUGCAGUAUCAUGACAUCAUUUGUAUUGUCAUUUGAACUUGGAUGUUAAGCUCUUUAUCUGGGGGCGUUCACAGUUAGAGUCUGGGAGAUUUGCAUUGUGUUCCUUUCUGACAGUCAUUGGCAGGGACAGAUGUCUUUGUCCCUGUGGCAUGCAUAGGUUUUCCCUAGUUUAGACUUUUGCAUUUCUGAGAGUCAGGGUUCUUUUGAGGAAUGAAGCUCAAGUUCAAUGGCCUCUUGGACAUGGAGCUCAAGGAUCGCCCAGGGAAGUUCAGGCACUUACCUGUGUCUUCACAGGCAACAGAACUUCCUGAGUCAUCCCUAGAGUUUGUGGCUUAGCCCAAGCCAUCAGCAGUAUAAUCCGUCUUCCUUUGUUACAUUUACUUGUUAUUAUUCUUCCAAGCGACCCGGGCUGACUCAUUCUUCUGUGGGCAGGAACUGAUCCAGCCAUUGUCCUGUGUCAAAUAUUAAAAUCAGCAAUUUCGCCUAAAUGAACUCUCUUGUUCCCAAUUCUUGAAACUGUCUGGAGCCUUGAAGAGAACUUUCAGCAAAACCCGCGUUGAAAUUUUGCAGUCUUAUCAUAAGAACUCCCAUUUGGCCUUUAAAGCAGACCCACUGGGUUCGGUAAUAUUCUAGUAAUAUUCUGAUGGGGCCAGAGAUGAGCAGUUAACACCAACUGGUCACUACCGACAUUUGUAUUGGGGGCUGGAAGUUAUUUAAACAAAGCAAUUCAGGCCACUGCCAUCAGGAGAUUGUCUUUGAACGUUGGAGUUUAUGUUUGGACAGGGAAGUGAAAUCAUGUUUGGGGGCUGGGAGAGAAAAGAAAUUCAGAGUGGUGCUAAAAGAACCAAAAACCAAACCUGUUGCUAUCGAGUUGAUUCUGACUUAGGAACCCCUUAAAAGAGCAAGCUUUUCAAAAAGGCUGGCAAGCUGGUAUAUCCUUUAACUUAUUUUCAGUAUUACUAUAGACAUGAUCUCCAAUGGGAAAAUACAUCUGAAAGCUAAACCUUUAUUAUUUGCUUUUCUUAAAAACACUAAGCUAUAAAAAGAUUCAGAGAGGGAUAUUACUUUGGAUAUCAGAAAAUUUUCUCUUGCUUCCCUAGUGUUUUUUUUUUAAGUUUAAAUAGUUACCAUUUUACACUGUGGUACUCAGAAAAAAAAAAAAAAAAAGUAAAUAAUUAGAGGAGUGAGAAAAUGGUUGAGAAACAGAAAAGUGCUUAAAGCAGAGUAUCCAACCCAUCCAUCGUGUGUAUCUUCUGGGUAAAGAAAUAAGAAUGUAAAACUAAGCCCCUUCACCUUUAGUGCUGGUGGCAGCCAUUUUAAAGAAAAGGUUACACCAAAGAAGGGUAUCUGAUGAGCAUAAUUUUCCGCAAUGCAGAGAGCCGUGAAUGUUCUUAAGUAAUACACUACGGGUCUUCACGGGAACAGCACUGAUUUAGCAUUUCAAAUACAACACUCAAAAGCAAGUUUGAUUUUCAGAAGCAGUGAAUUGUGGGGAAGUAGUAGGUUUGUUUUCUUUUCCUCUCAAGCCAUCUGUCCUGGUGUAUGCUCAGUAUUUGGGGAGGCAAGAGCGAGGGGACAAUAGUGGUUGCCAGACCAUGUUCCGUGGUGCCCCUGAGGUCACCUGUCAUGAAGGGAGGGGAAAGGCGGUGUGAUGGAGGUCAAACCUGGCUACCAAAUACCAUUUCCUUUAACUAGAAGUCUCUGUGGCUAUUAAAGGCUUGAGAACUAUGGAUAAAAUGACAACUGGAAGACCCUAAAAUUAAAAAAAAAACCCAUUGCCAUUGAGUCGAUUCCAACUCAUAGAGACCCACAGAACAGAGUUGCCCCAUAGGGUUUCCAAGGAGUGGCUGGUGGAAUCGAACUGCUGACCUUUUGGUUUACAGCCAUAGCUCUUAACCACUGCACCAUCAGGGCUCCUGAAGACCCUAAACAGCCCAAGAAUCCUGAAAUUUUGCAGCCAACCAUGUCUGUGAGUCCCUGGCUGUAUUGGGUUUUCUGGGGGAGGUAGGACAGCAAGAAGUCUUUUUUUUUUUUUUUUAAUUUCAAAGUUAUGAAUCAUUUGAAAGGAAAAGUACUCAAUCAAUAUGUGGUGGGCAUACAUGUAGACCCUUAAGUUGGUUAUUUCUGAGAAGUGGUUCAGAAUGACCUGAUCCUUGUUCACCCUGUCUGUGGUGAGAAAUGGCACGCCUGGACUUUUGAUGGGUAGUGGAAUUUCUAAAUUUCUGUGUUUGCAGUGGCAGGAGUUAUAAUUUUUGUUGAUUGGUUUUUGUUGAUGGGAAAAAGUAAAACUCUUUGGGCAAUUUUGACACAGAGAAGGGUGCUAUCUGAAACUCAAGCUCACAAAUCUACCCUUGCGGGAUUUUACAGAGGUGUCAUAAGUGGGAGGAGUCCCUGGGUGGGUACAAAUGGUUAGCGUACUUGGCUGUUAACUAAAAUGUUGGAGGUUCCAGUUCACCCAGAGACAUCUGGGAAGGCCUGGUGAUCUACUUCUGAAAAUAUGGAGUACAGUUUACUCUGAUACACAUGGAGUCGCCAUGAGUCAGAGCUGACUUAUAGCAACUGGUUAGUAAGUAGGAAAUGACCAUGGGAAACUGGCACAGCCAUUUGACCAGUGAGUUGGCAUCAAUUCAGCAGCAACCCAUGUGUACCAGAGUAGAACUGUGUGCCACAGGAUUUUCAAUGGCUGUUGCUUAGAAGUCGAUUGCCAGGCCCUUCUUCCAAGGUGCCUCUGGGUAGACUUGAACCACCAACUUUUCAGUUAGCAGCUGAGUGUGUUAGCUGUUUGCACCACCCAGGGACUCUGAUACAGUCGUUAAAAGCUGCAAAAUACAAUGGUGUAUCUGUACUGAACAAGGGAAUGCUUAGAACCCAAGUGAAUCACAUCAGGUGCCUUCUACACACACACAGAGUCUGUGGUAAAUUCUACAGUAGUACGUUUACCACUAAACCAGUCUAACAUCGGGGGCUUCAAAGCAGCCAUUUUAGAACACUGUGUCAAAGAGUUAACAUUCACGACUCUUCGUAGUGUUUUUGGCCAAUCUCUUGGUAAAAGUCAUACGAGAAGGGUCAAUUAAGGAAAUUUGGACAAUUUAUGUCUCUUACCUCUGUGUUUGAUUUAUUCUUUAGUCUCCAAUUUAUUUUCUGAGUGGAGUGAUUUUGUAUAUGAACUGAAAUGAUAUUUUAAUACAAUAAUAGGUAUUUUUAGUGGGAAAUGUUUAUGUAAUUAGCUUAUACAAUUAAAAUGUGUUUCUUUACAGAAUCAACAAACUGGAUCAUUUAAGGCUGAAAGAACCGUUAGGGGUCUACUACAAAUUCAUUAUUUAAACACAUCAACAUUUUUUCUGUACAUUUUGUGAAAAUCUUGAUGAUAUUUAGAUAUAGCUUGCAUAUGGAAUUGAACUUCACAAGAAUUUUAGUAAAAUGGGUGGAUUUCCCCAGCUUCUUUUGUGCUUCAGUCUCAUAGCUGAAAAUGCUGCUUCCAUUUAUGGAGUCUUUGUAAGAAAAACACACUUGUUUUCUUCCAUUCUGUGAAUUUUAUGAUAGACACAUUUUAUUUGUAUAUAUGACUGUCUUCCUAUGUUGCACUUCAAAUUUAUAUUCAGACCAUGUUUAUUGUAAAGAGAGCUGUUGGGCAGGUGGAAACAUGCCUGGUCCUUAUAAUCCCUUGACCCUAACCAGUUGCUGUUGAGGCAGUUCCAACUCAUGGCGCCCCCACAUGUAUCAGAGUAGAUCUGUGCUCCAUAGGCUUUUCAAUGGCUGAGCUUUUGGAAGUGAUCUCCAGCCUUUCUUCCAAGGUGCCUCUGAGUGGAUUCGAACCUCCAAGCUUUUGGUUAGCAGCCAAGAACACUAACCAUUCGCAUCACCUAAAACUCCCCAUUGGCCCUGCAGUGAAAUAAUUCCAUGUGCUCGUUAGGAGCCUCUGCUAUCUCUUCCUGGUGACUGACAUAUUCUGAAAAGAGACUGGAGAGGUUGUGUACCUCUAUCCUUUAAAACCCAUCUCCAACCCUAUCAAACUUAGUGUCUCUGGGGAGUUUGAAAUAUAAGAAUGAACACUGUUUGGUGGAUUCCCUUAUCAACUCCCUCACUUUUACUGCCAUGUGCAGUAUACACUAGCUUUCCUUGGUGGAUAUCAUGUCCUCUUCGUGAAUGGUGGUGUCCUUCCUUUAUGAAUGAAAUAGGCUGAACUGUAGAGUACGGAAUUCGUGUCAAGUUCACCAGGUAAGGACCUCAGAAAGCUGUGGUUGGAAUGUUUCACUGCAUUUGGGAUGAAUGUUAAAUCUGAGUUGCUGGCCCUGGAAAUAGUUGAGUUGUCAGCUGCAGAAGGAAAGAAGGAAUCUGGUGUAUCUCCUUAAUUUUGUGUUGUCCUAUAUGGAAAUGUGUGGGGCAGCUCUCUGAAGGCAAAAACAUUCCCCAUCAUUGUAUGAGGAAAGGGAAGUUAAGAGUAUCAAAUGGUACCUUCAGUUAAGCCUUGGGAUUGCAUUUGAGAAUACUUGUUUUAUGGAAAAGCACACCCUUGUAGUCUUUGAGCUAUUGGAUUUGGUGGCUCCAUACUUUUCAUUUUAGCCUAGCUUUCUUUUUUUUCCCUAUGUUACCCAGGUGGCAUGUGUGUGUUCUCUUUUCUUUUUUAACUACUUUUCGUAAUUGGUGAUGCUAUCUCAAGAUCCUGAAGCCAAGGAACUAAUGUUCAGGACUCCGGGCAGAUCCAAGUGUUGGUGUUGGUGCAGGUUAAGUUUUGAUAGAAUUCCCAGAAAUAUACUGAAUUAAAGGAUAAUGUGGUUUUAGGGAAGUCAUGCUUGAUUUUAACAUUUGGGGAAGCACCUGCCCUAGGUCCCUAUUCUUGGAAAAUUCACCUUUCCAUGCAAAUUCCAUUGGUAGGGCAUACUUAGUAGCCUGGGCGAUUGGCCUCUAUCAGUCAGUAAACAGGGAAUUAGAAUAAUUGCCAAAGGUGGGGGUCAUUUUGCCUUAUAAACAUGUAGGUCAUUCUAUGCUGAAAUUUCCAAUCACGGUAUCUUGUAAAAAUGGUGCAGGACCAGGAAGUGUUUUGUUCUGUUGUACACAGGAUCACUAUGAGUCAGAACCAACUCGAUGACACCUAACAACAUGGUGAAAUUUCCAAUCACAGUAUCCUGUACAAAGCAUGACAUUAUAAUUUCCCUCCUCCUUUCUGACCCAAAAGCACAGUAAAGGAAGAAGGCGGCUUGAUGUGCGAUGAAAUAUUUACUGUUUCUUUGAAUCAGUGUUUUCGACCAAGGGAAUGACUGAGAUGUAGAACCACGUGGUUGUUACGGAGUAGUUAUUUCUCCGGCUCACCUUUUCACCACCCUCAAAAGGAAAAUGAAAUUGGGAGACCAAGUCAAGCUUGAACUCCUCACUGAUGAGGAGCUUUGCCUUGGAUUUCCCGUCUCAGGAUACUCUUCAGGUUCCUACUGCUGCUGAGGAGGAAGAAACGAGCUGCAGAUACUGUAACUGAUCUCUGGGUGUUUACGAGUGUGUAUAUAAAACCUCACACUGUGUAUGUCGUGUUCAGUGUUGUGUUAAUCUGUGAACUGAUGCAAACAACAAUCUGAAGAUGGAGAAGACAACGAUAAAGGCAAAAAAAAAAAAAAAAACCCCAACAACAAAAAACACCCAACUGCCUCUUUCUGUCAAAGCGCUUGCUAUGACUUUCAUAGCUAGACUUGACAAGUAACGUGAAGUGUUCAGGAACAUGGUGGCCUUGAAGGCAAUGGCGUGUUGAUCUCAUAAGAAAAUGUACAACCAAUAAAAGACAUUUUAAAAAGUGCAGUGAGUCUCUGUAUUAAUUCAGUUCUUCAUGGAAAUUCGUUGUCCUGGAAAUGCUGCUUUUAGGUGACAGAGCCCUCCAGGUAAAAGCUUUGCAUGAAUGAUGUAUUCUCUUUUUCUUCCCCUAUUUUUCUCCCAUCUCUGUCACUCCAGCACUGAGACAGCAAAACUGUAUCAAAGACUUGAAGACACAUUAGAAAAUCAUUUUAUCUGUAGCGGGCUUCUGACUCGAUAUUCUUAUGGGCAGCUAAGGUUAGACGUGAAGACCAAGAUUUCAUUAUUAAAAUCAGUCGGCUUGUGGCAUGGAAGAGUCCAGAUGGCUUAAGUGCAGGGAUUGAGACCAAGACUUUUUGACUUCUGUUUGUUUCUGACAUUGAACUACUAGGCCAACAAGUCAUUCUGAGUUUUUCCUGUUAACAUUAAAGUCUUGCAAUUUUUCUCUAAA